CAGACGAAGAAGAGAGGAUGCCCUCACCUACCGCUAGUCGUCCUUUGAGUUGACAGUCUUCAGUUGUCCUUCAACUCAGGUACAGUUUCCCAUUAAAGACAGAUCAUCUGCCCACUGGAAAAUGGCGGGGACCAUCGCACGGAAAGCGAUCGACCACCUGAAGAGCAAGGAGUUCAGGGAUUAUUUAAUGAGGUGCCACUUCUGGGGUCCAGUGGCCAACUGGGGUCUUCCAAUCGCUGCUAUUUCGGACAUGAAGAAGAGCCCUGAGAUCAUCAGUGGAAGAAUGACCUUCGCCUUGUGCUGUUACUCGCUGCUCUUCAUGAGAUUCGCCUACAAGGUGCAGCCCCGUAACUGGCUGCUGUUCGCCUGCCAUUUGACCAAUGAGUCAGCACAAUUGGUUCAGGCGAGCCGACUCAUCAAAUACAACAUGGAGAAGAAGGCUUCCUAAAGGCAACGCAUGAAGAUGAACCGGGCAGAGCUGCACUUAGACGUCAAACCUGAGCAUCGCAAAGUCAAAUAUCUGAAGUUGUGACACAAUCUGAUGUGCUCAUGGUUGUCCUGAUCCGUUUUAGUCACUUUUAUUGCAAAAGCAAAACCUCUAACUCUAAUGAUUUAGGUCAACCGAUAAUAAUUUAAAGACAGUUGUGCAUCCACCACGAUGACACACACACACACACACUGUAUUGAAUGUACACCGAAUCAACUGCAUCUGAAGACACCGAUGGAAAUAUUUUGUCAUUAAUCCUUUGUCAGCCACUGUAUUGUUUUUAUCCCCGAGUCUCUGAAAUGUUACUGAAAUGUUAAAGAAGGUUGAUCUCUAGGUCAUUUUGUGUCAAACAUCUGCGUCAAUAACCGGAACCUAAACGCACACAUCAGCUGUUUGUUUUUGUUUGAUGAAGACGGGUAGUACGAUAACCUUCAGUAACAAUCUGAACAUUUUAAAUAUUUGUAGAAGAAGAUGAGCCAUUUGAAACUUAUUGGGUCGUGAUCUAACAUUAUGAGGGAAAGCAGCUGCUGUUGACCAAACGUAUUCUGCGUGUUUUUGCUGUGUUGAUUAAUUUAUGAACAUUGCAGAGAUCACUUUUAUUCCACCAGGAUUCAUGUGCUUCUUCCUAAUGUUUCUAUAAAUAAACUGGCUCAGGCCAACAUUGCAACA